AUCUUCAUGAGAACUGCGCGUUCGCUUUCGAUUGCAAGUGCGUGCACAUAACCAACCUCGCCGAUCUCGAGAGCGACGGUAAUGUUUAUAAAUACUCGAAUUUGACAUAUGUUAGGCGAGAUCGGCGACAAGCUCGUCGAAUUUUUACGCGAUCUUUUCCGUCUUCGGUGAUGCCCGCGCGAUGCACCUCGAAGCAAUGCCGUUAAUGUGAUAGACCGUCGAAGGUCGAGGAAAAUCGGACGUUGGGAAAAUGACAACUGGUCAGAGCGGACACGAUCAUUCUCUCGCUAUCAGGCAGGAAAUACAACGUUUCGAGAGCGUUCAUCCGUCGAUAUAUGCCAUUUACGACCUAAUAGAGCUCGUGCCCGACGCGCACAUCGCGAAGCAAAUUCGCGAGCACGUCGUGGCGAUAGAAGAUUCCUUCGUCAACAGUCAUGAAUGGACCCUGGCGAGGGAUGUCCCAGAAUUGCACUUGGGAAUCAUUGGUUCCUCAGACUCGGGAAAAUCGGCUCUCGUUCACAGGUACCUUACUGGAUCCUUUAUGCACGAGGAAUCGCCAGAAGGUGGUCGCUUUAAAAAGGAAAUUUUUAUUAAUGACCAGAGUUAUCUACUUUUAAUCAGAGAUGAAGGUGGUGUGCCAGAGGCUCAAUUUUCAUCUUGGAUAGAUGCUUUAUUACUCGUAUUCAGUUUAGAAAAUGAAGAGAGCUUUUCUAUAGUUUGCAGUUUUUAUAAUAGAAUGUGUUCUUUCCGGAAUAUGUCGGAGGUACCAAAAAUACUUGUAGGUGUACAAGAUUCGAUUAAUGACAGUAAUCCUCGUGUCAUAAAAGAUGUUAGACCGCGAAAACUGGCUUGUGAUCUAAGAUGCCCUUAUUAUGAAACAUGCGCUAUUUAUGGCUUAAAUGUUGAAAGGGUAUUUCAAGAUGUGUGUCAAAAAAUCAUACAGAAUAUAUCGAUGAAACAUUUUCCAUGCGAUGUAUGCCAACACAGUACAGAGAAUGACAUUAAGUUUCCAGUCCCUGUUACUACUAAAAAUGUGCAACUUCAAAACAAAGAGAUGGAGACCACAAAUUCAUUGAAAAUUACGGAAAAAGACGAAGAUUGCCGAUCGAUUCAUAAUAAUUCUGUGCCCAACGAUUCGGGAUUGCUAAAUGAUAAUUUUCAUGAUGUACAAAAUCAACAUGGAGAACUACGAUCGUCGAUUUUAACACCAACUACUAUUAGGAAAUUUAGAAGAAAAUCGAAUAUAUUUACACCAUCUAAAAAGGAGAAAUAUAUGGGCGAAAUGGGAGUUGGUAGAGAAAUACCAGUUAAACAAGGUUAUUUGUUUAAACGAAGUAGCAAAUCGUUGAAAGAAUGGAAGAAGAAAUAUGUUACAUUGUUAGAGGAUGGUCGUUUGACGUAUCAUUCAAGUUUACAUGAUUACAUGAAUGAUACUAAUGGCAAAGAAAUACUAUUGCAAUAUGUUACUGUGAAGGUGCCUGGUAAAACUCCAAAAGGUUCCAAAUCCUACAAUGCUCAAGAAGACAGUUUCGAAUUUUCUAUUAUCUCCUUGGAGAAUAAAACUUGGCACUUUGAGGCAAACAAUGCUGAAGAUAGAGACAACUGGAUUGCUGCAAUAGAGCAACAAAUACUAUCAAGUUUACAAAAUAGUGAUGGUGAUAAGAAAAAUGAAACCGACGCUUUUAAGAUGCAUUGUAUAAAGAACAAAGUUUCGGGAAAUGAUGCAUGCGUCGAUUGCGGUGCACCGAAUCCCGAUUGGGCCAGUCUUAAUUUGGGUGUACUCGUGUGCAUCGAGUGUUCUGGUAUUCACAGAAACUUAGGUUCGCACAUAUCAAAGGUUCGAUCAUUAGAUUUGGACGACUGGUCCGCAGGUCACCUGAGCGUCAUGCUAGCCCUUGGCAACGAUAUAGCUAACAGUAUCUGGGAAUAUUGUUUAAACGGGAAGCAAAAGCCGGUCUCAGAUUCGUCUAGGGAAGAGAAAGAACAAUGGAUCAGAUGGAAAUACGAGGACAAACUCUUUCUGCCACCGAUUAAUCCGAACAUUUCUUUAGGAAAAUUGCUCAUCGAUUCCGUUUGUCGAGGAGAUAUGCGAGCAUUCACAUUAUGCUUGGCCCGAUGUAGUUACGAGGAUAUCAAUAUUUCGGUUAGUACGGAAGAUCUGAGAACACCGUUACAUCUGGCAUGCGCAACAGGAAAUUUAGCAAUGGCGCAACUUUUAAUAUGGCAUAAAGCGAAUCCACAGAAUCUAGAUCACGAAGGACGAACAUGCAUGUCGUAUGUGCGAGCUUUGGAAAGAACGCUCGAUAAUUCGUCUGACUCUAUGGAAAUGCAGAAGCUCCUUGAGGUAUUAGAACAAGCCAGUGUCUCUGGAAUGGAUGACGCAGAUGCAUCUCAGUAUUAAAGUUUGAAAAAAAUAUGCCUUAAUCACCCUGCCUGCAUUUUCCAUAAUGACAUAUACGUUGUUAAUACUUGUGUACUUACUUAUAUAUAAAGCCAUGCUUUAUUUAGUGGCUAACAAGGAAGGGAAGUUUUAUCGCUUUAAAAUGACAUUGGUUUGAGAAAGCCAUCAAAGUAUAUUGAACAAGAUUGGAAUAUAAUAAUAAUCAAUACGUAAUGUUAUUUAUGCAUUCUGUAAAAAGUUUAUAUUGUACGUAUAACAAAUUCAUUUUUAAUAUCGAUUACGAAAUUUAUCUCUUAUUGGACGAAAAUUUUAAAUAUCAUAUAUACUUUUGUACAUUAAAAAUAAUCCUUGAAAAAAAAAGAAAGAAAAAACACUUUGCAAUAUGAUAUCGAAAUAAGAUUUGUGUCAAUCACGGAGAAUGACUAAUUGCAUGCUCGAGUGUAUAUUGUCAAUGACUGAGAGUACAAACACUCAUAAAUGUAGUUAUAUUUAUAUAUCUAAUACAUGUAAUUGUAUUUGACAAAUGCUUUUAUAUAAGUUUUAUUUUAUUAAUUAUUAAUUAAAUGUUUUAAUUAUCUUCUUUCACAUUAUGUUCAAUUCAUCCAAAAUUGUACCAGCUCUGAAAUUUUAUUUUGUUUCUUCAAUAUUAACGCAGGAGUAUUGCGUUUCAUAGUUUUUUAUACUUCGUCGAUGAUGAUGUUGCGCUUAUACCAUAAACUAUUUCCUCCUGUGUAUUUGCAUUAUCUGAAAAGAUAGAAAGACAAACAGAAUAGAUAAAUAAACUACAUCAACAGGAAUUCAAUCAUAUAUUGCACAGCAUAAAUUUUCAGAGAUUUUAAUUGAUACUUGGAACUAUUUGCUUUACCAAUAGGAUACAUAUCCAUUGGAAAAAUAGGCGUUUUGCUAUAAUAGGUAGUAGUUGUUAGCAUCAAUGCAGCAGAUUGAGAUGAAAUAGAGGUUCUGCAUACAGAAGGAUUCCUGAAAUAAAAUUAAUAUAUAUACGUGAGUUUUAUAUACCAUUUCCUACAAUUUAUAUAUUAUUUCAUCUGCAAAAAAAAAGUUUUUUGAACAUUUUUAUAUCAAAUGUUUAUAAGAUUAAAUUUACAUACAUCUUGUUUAACUCGUUAACUAAUUUGUUGGGUAGAGGCAUCAUCAAAGUAAAGAUUUGGCUACAAAGCUCAGUGUAAUUUUGUAAAGGAGACUGUGCAGAAACAAAUUCUUUGUAAGCGUAAGCAAAUAAAUCUUGCAAACUUUCAAUUGAACAUUCCAGAUGCCCUUCAAUAAGUAGCAUGCAUUCUAAACAAAGAUGAAUUUGUGCCAACGUAACCAAUUUUUUUCUGCAAUAAAAGUAUAGUUAAUGUUAAUUAAAAA